AUGGCUUCCAACAGCACCCAACUCGCGAAUCUGCAAGACAAAAAGCACUUCCCCGGAUUCGAAGACCUCGCCUGGGACAAUCAACUCGACGAGGACUACUACCGCCAGCGGGACAACGGUUUCUGGGAGCCUCGCAAGCACUGGGUCUUCAUCGGCGAGAUUGUCGAGGUUGAUAUCUGGCUUCGCGUUAAGCUCACCGUCAGGGACCGAGACGGGCUGGAGAUUCCGAUCGCUAUCUACACGGAAGCCCGAGGUGUUGAGCUCGGCCCCUCGAACCUUCAGGUCGGAAACACUGUCGUGAUCUUCUAUGCUGUCAAACAUCUCUUCGUGGACAUGACCAUCGGCAUCCGACAUGAGGACCUCCAGUACCUCAAGAUCUUUCCUAUCUCCCUCGACAACAUGAUGCAGCUCGGCGACAAAAUUCAAACUCACGCUACACUCACCAACGGGAUGAGAUCCUGCCACGGAUGCAACAACAAGUCGGCCAAGCUGAUGAAGUGUGCCAAGUGCGGUUUCUUUUGGUACUGCAGCCAAAAUUGUCAACUCCGCGGGUGGAAGGAAAACGACCACAAGGAGGACUGCAAGAUUCUUCGGGAUGGCAACUUCAAGGGGCUGUUCUCUAUCAAGUGGGAUGAAUUUCACAACCACAUCUCCUUUCCGCUGCGUGGUGUAGAGUGA